CCUGGACGACAGUCUCCAGCAGUACGUUCCUUACUUCGAGAGAGAGAAGAUCAGUGGAGAGCGGCUUCUGAAGAUUUCCCAUCAGGAUCUGGAGGAGCUGACGAUGAGCCGCGUCGGCCAUCAGGAGCUGAUUCUGGAGGCUGUGGAUCUGCUCUGCGCAUUGAACUGUGGCGUGGAGACUGAUAACUUGAAGACUCUGGUGGGUCAGAUGCGAUCAGCAUCCAAUAACUUGCACAACUGUGCCUCAGAGCGCAGGAAAAACCCUAAUUAUGAUGGAGGAAGUCCAAACAAACCACCUAACGUGUUCCUUACCGCUGUGGUGGAGCUGAUAGGGGCUGCUAAGGGCAUGCUGGCCUGGCUUGACAGGACUCCUCUGACAGGAGUCAGUGAUUUCACCACAACCAAAAACAAGAUCAUUCAGCUCUGUCUGGAACUGACCACCACUGUCCAGAAGGACUGCACAGUGUUUGAAAUGGAGGAGAAGAUAUUAGAAGUGUCAAGUGUUUUGACCGGCAUUUGUGAUUCCACCUUGAGGAUGACCUCUGACCCCUUAAAGAGUCAAAUGACCUGUUUGGAGGAAGUCACCAUCACUAAUAUCAAAGCAGGCGAGGGAAUGGGAAUGUAUAUCAAAUCCACUUACGAUGGGCUGCACGUCAUCACCGGAACCACGGAAAAUUCUCCAGCAGACAGAACUCAGAGGAUUCAUGCAGGCGAUGAGGUGAUACAAGUCAACAGGCAAACAGUGGUGGGCUGGCAGUUGAAGAAUCUGGUGGAAAAGCUCAGAGAAGAUCCUCAGAAUGUGACACUGAUGGUGAAGAAAAGACCAUCAGGUACCUGCGGCUUCACACCAGCACUGCUGAAAAACAUGCGCUGGAGACCCCCUGUCAUCCAGAGCCCAUCGUAUGAGCCUGCCGCCCCGUCAUCCAGAAAUCCUGUGCAAAUCAAGCAUCCGGAGAAACCUGCAAUUUUAGAUCUCUAUAUUCCUCCUCCUCCUUCCAUGCCAUACAGCCCACGGGGUGCAGAGACGAGUGAAUAUGCAGCAGUUAAGAUGAGACCAAAAGGUUCAGAGUCGCCCAACUCAUCUCUGGAUUUAGCUAGUAGACGACGUUCAAAUAUCAGCGACUUCAACAGCAAACCUAGUGUAAACCCAGCUGAGAUCGCCGCCCCAAAAGCGCGACUGAGACAGCGGACCCCAUCUAGAGGGAAGCCGCGUCCCAUGUCCAUGCCGGUAGACACUUGCCUGAGCACGUCGGACUCCCCCUCCAGACCCUGGGCUCUUGGACGGAAAGGUGAUGAGAUCUUGCACAGGUAUCUGAGUAACGAUCAGAUCCCCACCAUCUCAGAAGAGUCGCCCUGUUACCCGCUGCCCUACCGCCCCACAGGAGAACGCCGGCUCGUCCGAGGGGUCGACCACAUCCGCGGCAGCCAGUGCUUUAUCAACACAGGCCUACACAACAGCGCCACCAUACCAUACCAGGAGGCCGUCGCUCGGAAACCUGCAGCCAAAUCCUCCAAGAGACGCCCCUCAGAGCCCUCAGUGUUCAGCAGCUGGAUCGCCCGCCUCAAGCUGCUCACACAAUGCCAUGACGUUAAACACAAAAGACGUGAUGAAGUGACGCGAGUGAUUAAAUCAAUUAUGCAAAUGAAAGGCGUUAUUAGAGGCUCGUGCGAGUCAGAGGCGCUUCACAAACCUUGUGUGAUGUCUGCGUGGGGGGUCUUCCGAGCACUGAAACACCUGCAGGGGUUCACAUGCUGGCUACAGCUGGUAGAGGACAUCUUUAUAUUGUUCUCCUAUUUGAAGUCAGUAGAGGUGAAUCAAAUGAGUCGGACUGAGUCAUACCCUCUUCAAGACUUUGUUGCUGGGAAGUCACAAGGAGAUGAUGUGAUGAGCCGCAGAAAGGUCUCGGUGAAAGACCUGGGCCAGGGCGACUGUCAGGGCUGGUUGUACAAGAGAAAGGAGAGCAAAGGGCUCUUGGGCUGGAGGUGGAAGAAGUUUUGGUUUGUGCUCAAGAAAUGUUCGCUCUACUGGUACACGUCGGACACGGCGGAGAAAGCCGAAGGAUACAUCAACAUGAGAGACUUCACCAUAGAACAGGCUACCGAAUGCAAGAAGAAGUUUGCAAUGAAAGCAAGCCACCUUGACAUGCUGACAUUCUACUUUGCAGCUGAGAGCAUGAAAGACAUGAACAAAUGGCUGGCUAAACUCUCCCAGGCUUCAAAUGAACCUGAGCCCACAGACUCAACAGAUGGAGAGUGCUACAGUGAGGAGAGUGAUGAUGAGGAUGAAGCAGACACUGCUGAGAUGUGUGUGGAGUACAUGGAUCAGCUGACUCCUGGCUCUCUGCAUGGCUGUCUGCCGCCUCCCCGCUCCUCAUCCUCUCCAUGUCUGGUUUCCCCGGUGUGUGACCUCACAGAGACUCAGAGUGCAGACAGUGAGUCGUGGCAGGAGCUCAGCUCCGAGGAAGACCCCAUCCAGAAAAUACAGGAAUUCAAAGGAGACCACUGCCCCCCGUCUGAUGAGAUGGAGAUGCUGUAUCUUCACCUGAAGCAGGUGAGUCUGUCCCCCACAGGAGCCCUGCAGCCCACCACCAAACGUGACUUCAGGUCCUCCUUCAUCAGACGCUGCAAAAACGAGAGCGUUAAUGAGAAACUGCACCUGAUCCGAGCUUUAAACAGCACUUUAAAGGCGAAGGAGGCCGAUCUGCAGACCAUAGAGCAGGUCUUGAGCGAGCCGUCUCUGAGCGCUUGUAAAUACAGACAGUGGCGAGAUGCUAAUGUGCUCCUGCUGCAGGAGAUCGGAGAGAAACACAAGAGAGCCAUGGAGCCACAAGCGCAGGAAGCUCUGGUUCAGCCUCAGUGUCCGGCGCUCUCCAGCCCGGCCGCUGCACUCGUUGUGUCCACCGAGACCAGUCUGUGAAGAGCAGAAGACCAUUACAGGAACACUGGCAGAGCGGGCUUCCAGGACACAAACGAAGCUUCGCUGAAACACUUCAAACAGCGAUUCCUCUGAACCGGACACAGAAGAGCCUAGCUCGGUUAUAACUCUUUUCUGAAACGUGUAGUUACUGCAUUUUGCCUUUUGUAGUUCAGAGUAACUGUAACAAAUGAAUAAAUGACAUGUGUUUUGAUAAAGAAAAGUGGGGGAGGAAAAUGUCUGUAGAUGUUCUGUAAACUUUACUCAAACUGUUGAAUGAAACCGUGAGUUUAAAGGGAAUAUGAAUCACUCUUGGAUUCAUAACUGCACUAGUUUUUAAUGCAAUCUAUAAAUGUAUUGUUCUCCAGAUUGUGGAUUACGGACAGAACAAACACACUCCUGGACGUGCGUGUGCAUGUAUUUGUUACCACUCGCUCCAUUUCACACUCAAUAUACACACAAAUCUGAACUCCGUUCUCUCUUUGGUUCCUAAACGUGUUUGUAUCUGAUGUUUUUAGAAGUGGCGUCUUGUUUGCCGGUUUUUAACAAGACAGUCCCUUUUAGAUGAACACAUUUUAGCAUUUUACAACUGAAAAUGAAUGUCUCAGAUGUUGUACAUUAUUUGUAUAAACGUCUGAUUUAAUUGUAUAAAUGUGUACUUGAUGUUUUUGGAAGAAUUCAUGCUGAAGGUGUGAAAUAAAAAUGACGAUUUAA